UCAGUCAGUCAGUCAGUCUGGAAGGAUCUUUUCUGUUAACGCAUAUUCAUCUCGUCCCCCGUCCCCGUCUUCCCAGAGAGGGGGGGGCGAAGCGGAGCCUGAUUCCUUCUUCUCCCCCAAUGGGGCAGAAACGACAACAACGGCAGCGCAAUAAGGGAGCCGGAGCCUGAGCCUGAGCGACCCCGCGUCUCUCCUGGGCCCACCCUGUCCGUGUCUUUCGGCUCUGGCCCGGCUGCCUCUGCCACCGCCAUGGGAGACCCCGCCCCCGCCCGGAGCCUGGACGACAUUGACCUGUCCGCCCUGCGGGACCCUGCAGGGAUCUUUGAGCUGGUGGAAGUAGUCGGCAAUGGUACCUACGGACAAGUGUAUAAGGGUCGUCACGUAAAGACAGGGCAGCUGGCUGCCAUCAAGGUCAUGGAUGUCACAGAGGAUGAGGAAGAAGAGAUUAAACAAGAAAUCAAUAUGCUGAAAAAAUAUUCUCAUCAUCGCAACAUUGCAACAUACUAUGGAGCCUUUGUCAAAAAAAGCCCCCCUGGAAAUGAUGACCAACUCUGGCUGGUCAUGGAGUUCUGUGGUGCUGGUUCUGUGACAGAUCUAGUGAAGAAUACUAAAGGAAACGCUCUGAAGGAAGAUUGUAUCGCCUACAUUUGCAGGGAGAUCCUCAGGGGGCUGGCCCACCUCCAUGCCCACAAAGUGAUCCAUCGAGAUAUCAAAGGCCAGAAUGUGCUGCUGACAGAGAAUGCAGAGGUUAAACUAGUGGACUUUGGGGUGAGUGCUCAGCUGGAUCGAACAGUGGGCAGGCGGAAUACAUUCAUUGGUACCCCCUACUGGAUGGCCCCAGAAGUUAUUGCCUGUGAUGAGAAUCCUGAUGCCACCUAUGAUUACAGGAGUGAUAUAUGGUCUCUAGGAAUCACAGCUAUUGAAAUGGCAGAGGGAGCCCCCCCUCUAUGUGACAUGCACCCCAUGCGUGCCCUCUUCCUUAUCCCAAGAAACCCCCCGCCGAAGCUGAAAUCUAAGAAAUGGUCAAAGAAAUUCAUUGACUUCAUUGACACAUGUCUCAUCAAAACAUACCUGAGUCGCCCACCCACUGAGCAGCUUCUUAAAUUUCCUUUCAUCCGUGACCAGCCCACAGAGCGGCAGGUUCGGAUUCAGCUUAAGGACCACAUUGACCGUUCCCGAAAGAAAAGGGGAGAGAAGGAAGAGACAGAAUAUGAGUACAGUGGUAGUGAAGAGGAAGAUGACAUCCAUGGAGACGAAGGAGAACCAAGCUCAAUCAUGAAUGUGCCUGGUGAAUCAACACUCCGACGAGAAUUCCUCCGUCUUCAGCAGGAAAACAAGAGCAAUUCAGAGGCCCUAAAGCAGCAGCAGCAGCAGCAGCAGCAGCAGUUACAACGCGACCCCGAAGCACACAUCAAGCACCUACUCCACCAGAGGCAGCAGCGGAUUGAGGAGCAGAAGGAAGAACGAAGACGUGUUGAGGAGCAACAACGUCGAGGUCGGGAACAGAGAAAGCUACAGGAGAAGAAGGAACAGCAACGACUGGAGGACAUGCAUGCCCUUCGAAGGGAGGAAGAACGUCGUCAGGCAGAACGAGAACAGGAAUACAAGCGAAAGCAGCUAGAGGAACAGCGACAGUCAGAGAGACUUCAGAGACAGCUGCAGCAGGAACAUGCCUACCUCAAGUCCCUGCAGCAGCAGCAGCUCCAGAAGCAGCAACAGCCACCGGCAACAGGAGACAAAAAACCCCUGUACCACUAUAGCCGGGGUGUUAAUCCUGUUGACAAGCCAGCCUGGGCCCGAGAGGUAGAAGAGAGGACAAGAAUGAAUAAACAACAGAACUCACCCUUAGCCAAGUCUAAGCCAAACAGCACAGGACUAGAUCCCAGUCCUCCACAAGCCCCCGGGCCCCUUUCCCCAACUCCACCCAUGCAAAGGCCUGUGGAGCCCCAGGAAGGACCACAUAAGAGCCUUGUUGCACACCGGGUCCCACUGAAGCCAUAUGCAGCACCUGUGCCCCGUUCUCAAUCCCUACAAGAUCAGCCAACGAGAAACCUGGCUGCCUUCCCUGCUGCUCAUGAUCCUGACCCCACUGUCCCCCCACCCACUGCUACUCCUGCCUCUCGUGGAGCCAUCAUCCGACAAAAUUCAGACCCCACUUCUGAGGGUCCUGCCCCCACACCAACCCCUCCCCCUUGGAAUCAAGCGGACAGUGAGGCCCCUCCUAAGGUGCCCCAGAGGACCUCAUCCAUUGCCAUUGCCCUUAACACCAGCGGAGCUGGAGGUUCACGACCAGUACAAGCUGUCUGUGCUAGCAAUCCAGACCUUCGAAAGAGUGAGCCAGGCUGGGAACGUGGAGACAGCCUCCUCCAGUCUCAUGGACAUCUACCACAGGCUGGCUCACUCGAGCGAAACCGAGUAGGAGCAUCCUCCAAGCUGGACAACUCUCCCAUCUUGUCCCCAGGGAACAAAGUGAGACCUGAUGACCAUCGCUCUAGGCCUGGCAGGCCUGCAAGCUAUAAGCGAGCAAUUGGCGAGGAUUUUGUGUUACUAAAGGAGCGGAUGGCGGAUGAGGCCCCCAGACCUCCUAAGAAAGCCAUGGACUAUUCAUCAUCUAGUGAGGAGGUGGAGAGCAGUGAUGAUGAUGAAGAGGAGGAAGGAGAUGGAGACCACUCUGAGGAAAGCAGGGACACCCCUGGAAUUCAGUACGGGAGUAGUGAUGGAGACACAGAUAGUGUGAGCACCAUGGUUGUCCAUGAUGUCGAGGAGUUGUCUGGGGCCCAGACCCCCUAUGGUGUAGGUACCAUGGUGGUCCAGAGGACUCCUGAAGAGGAGCAAGGACUGCUACAUACUGACAGCAACGGUUACACUAACCUGCCUGAUGUGGUUCAGCCCAGCCAUUCACCCACUGAGAGUGGCAAAAGCCAGGGCUCUCCAGCUAAAGAUGGAAGCAGUGAUUAUCAAUCUCGUGGUCUGGUGAAGGCCCCAGGCAAGAGCUCCUUCACUAUGUUUGUGGAUCUGGGGAUUUACCAGCCAGGAGGCAGUGGGGAUACUAUCCCCAUUACAGCUUUGGUAGGUAGAGAGGGUGGGCGGCUGGAACAGUUGCAGUAUGAGGUUCGAAAAGGCUCUGUGGUCAAUGUGAACCCCACUAACACUCGGCCCCACAGUGACACCCCUGAAAUUCGAAAGUAUAAGAAACGAUUUAACUCGGAGAUCCUUUGUGCUGCCCUCUGGGGUGUGAACCUGCUGGUAGGCACAGAAAAUGGGUUGAUGUUGCUGGAUCGAAGUGGGCAGGGAAAAGUGUAUGGGCUCAUUGGGAGGAGACGUUUCCAGCAAAUGGAUGUUCUGGAAGGACUUAACCUGCUCAUCACCAUCUCAGGGAAAAGAAAUAAGCUUCGUGUUUACUACCUGUCCUGGCUCCGGAACAAGAUCCUACACAAUGACCCAGAGGUGGAGAAGAAACAGGGAUGGACCACUGUGGGGGACAUGGAGGGCUGUGGGCACUACCGAGUUGUGAAAUACGAGCGCAUUAAGUUCCUGGUAAUUGCCCUGAAGAACUCAGUGGAGGUGUAUGCUUGGGCCCCCAAGCCCUACCAUAAAUUCAUGGCUUUCAAGUCCUUUGCUGACCUCCCUCACCGGCCACUGCUGGUUGACCUGACGGUGGAGGAGGGGCAGCGGCUCAAGGUCAUCUAUGGCUCUAGCGCUGGCUUCCAUGCUGUUGAUGUGGACUCAGGGAACAGCUAUGAUAUCUACAUCCCUGUACAUAUCCAGAGCCAGAUAACCCCCCAUGCCAUCAUCUUCCUUCCAAAUGCUGAAGGCAUGGAGAUGCUUCUUUGCUAUGAGGAUGAGGGUGUAUAUGUUAACACCUAUGGCCGGAUCAUCAAGGAUGUGGUGCUGCAGUGGGGAGAAAUGCCUACUUCUGUAGCGUACAUCUGCUCCAACCAAAUCAUGGGCUGGGGUGAGAAGGCCAUCGAGAUCCGAUCCGUGGAAACAGGGCACUUGGAUGGGGUCUUCAUGCACAAGCGAGCACAGAGACUCAAAUUCCUAUGUGAGAGGAAUGACAAGGUGUUCUUUGCCUCAGUUCGCUCUGGAGGCAGCAGCCAAGUUUACUUCAUGACUCUGAACCGUAACUGCAUCAUGAACUGGUGAUGGGGGCCCUAGGCUGAAUCAGGGUAGUGGGGUAUAUAUAUCCACUUUGGACAUAAUCCCCUUUGGCUCCCCACAACAACAACAAAAAAGCCAGGCUUCCCAGGUCUCUCCCUCUACCCUCCCUGGGCUUUUGCUUUUAUUAGUUUGAUUCACUGGAGUCUGCUGGGAACAUGACCUAUGACCCCUGAAGCUUUUGUGAUCACGUGACCUCCCCCUUUCCUGCUCUCUUAAGAUGUUCUCUCUAAAAAAACUGUGCCUGCCCACCCUCCCAACCCCCACUUCUGGGUAGAGGUACAGUUCCCUCCCACCAGAAAUUAUUUGGGAACCAGCCCCUUUCUCCCUCUCUCUAACUCCCCCACCAAAGAGGAAAGUGCUUGGGGAUGCCUCCCUUCGUUCUGCUGCUGCUGUCUAGGGCAGAGUCCCAGGGCCCCUUUUUUUGCACGCCAGGGGAAUUGACUUCCCCAAUGAAUGUACCAGACCCUGGGGGGUGGCAUAGAGACCCAAAGGGGGGGGGGGUCACCAGUCACUCCAGGGGAAGGGGGGGGAUGGUCCAUGGGGACCAUUUCCUCAUCACUCUCUGAAAGCACUUUAAUCAUGCCCCCCCUCCCACCUCCAGGGAAUGGGGAGGGGGGCUGCCAGCCAAAAGAUCCCCUCCCUUUCUAAUCUUAUCCCUCUUUUCCUCUCCUCCGAUGCUCUUCCUUGAUGGGGGGGCCAUGGGGCUGGCUACUGCUCUCAUCUACCCACCAUCCCCACCUUGCUUGCAUUUGUAUAUAGUGUGAGCAGCAAGUAGCCCCCUUCACCCAAUUCCCUGCCCCCAAUCUCAAUGUAGUGGCCUUGGAAACCUCAUUUGUUAAUAAAGACAGAAUUCAACCAA